ACAGGCAGCCGACUCGAGUAUGCACAGUUGCCUCGACCGGAAGUGCAUGGGGUGACCCACAAUACAUCGCGGCACGCUCAUCUAAAUGCCGUGAGUCGCCUGUUGUGCUCAGUUUUAGAGACAGACGACGAAGAUGGCGGAUUCGCAGGUGGAGGUUAUCGAGGGGUGUCGGCUCCCGGUUCUCAGGAAAAACCAGGAGAACGAAGACGAGUGGCCUCUGGCUGAAAUUCUCAGUGUUAAAGAGACAGCGGGAAGAAAGCUCUACUAUGUCCACUAUAUUGACUUCAACAAGCGUCUGGACGAAUGGGUUACCCCGGACAGGCUGGACAUGAAGAAAUUGCAGUUUCCCAAAAAAGAGGCCAAAACCCCGACCAAGAAUGGGCUCCCUGGUUCCCGUCCCGGGUCCCCAGAGAGAGAGAUGAGGAAGAAUCUAGAUCAGACCCUCCAAACUGCUACAGCUCCGUCCAGAGGCAAAACUGUCCCCACACCGAAGAGAAAGGCGGAUCCUGUGUCCCUGGCGAUGCAGGUAUCCCCAGCCACACCUGUGUCCACUCUGUCAGCAUCUGUGGAGGUCUCGCAAGCGUCGAUCUACCCAGUAGCACGGGAGACGAACACUUUCACUCCAAAAGCCCCUCGCGAUGACCACGAGCCACUCGCGUCCGUUACCACGAACGGAACUGCCCGUCGCCUCAUGCCCUCCCAGCCAGGCAGGAAGAGGAAAGCAAACUGUGUGGGCACAGAUGAGAUAAUAAAGGUUUUCCAGUAUAACAGCCCUCGAUGCGCCAGUGUCUAUCUGCCGCCUGGAGAGGACUCCCAGGACAGCUCGGACGGCAUCCCCUCCGCCCCGCGCAUGACGGGCAGCUUGGUGUCUGACCGAAGCCAUGAUGACAUCGUCACACGCAUGAAGAACAUCGACUGCAUCGAGCUGGGCCGCCACCGCCUGAAGCCCUGGUACUUCUCACCCUACCCCCAGGAAUUGACCGCCCUGCCCAUCCUCUACCUCUGCGAGUUCUGUCUGAAGUAUCUCAAGAGCCUCAAGUGUCUGCAGAGGCACCUGACCAAGUGUAACCUUCGCCACCCACCAGGGAAUGAGAUUUACAGGAAGGGCACCAUCUCUUUCUUUGAGAUUGACGGCCGGAAGAAUAAGACCUACUCUCAGAAUCUGUGUCUUCUGGCAAAGUGCUUCUUGGACCAUAAGACACUCUACUACGACACUGAUCCUUUCCUCUUCUAUGUCAUGACUGAGUAUGACUCAAAGGGUUUCCAUAUUGUCGGCUAUUUCUCUAAGGAGAAGGAAUCGACAGAGGACUACAACGUGGCCUGCAUCCUAACCUUGCCACCAUAUCAAAGAAGAGGAUAUGGCAAAUUGCUCAUUGAGUUCAGUUACGAACUCUCUAAGGUGGAGGGGAAAACGGGAACCCCCGAAAAGCCGCUGUCAGAUUUGGGGCUGCUCUCCUACCGCAGUUACUGGUCUCAGACCAUCCUGGAGAUUCUCAUGGACCUCAAGUCGGACAACGGAGAACGGCCACAGAUCACCAUUAAUGAGAUCAGUGAGAUCACCAGUGUGAAAAAGGAGGACGUCAUUUCUACUUUGCAGUACCUCAAUCUCAUCAACUACUAUAAGGGACAAUACAUAUUAACACUUUCGGAGGACAUCGUGGAUGGUCACGAGAGGGCCAUGCAGAAACGCCACCUCCGCAUCGACCCCAAAUGCCUGCACUUCACCCCUAAAGACUGGAGCAAGAGGGGCAAGUGGUAAAGCCCAGGGCACAGUGCUGACUCUUUGCCUUCAGUGGGGCCUCACUGUUCCCAGGAAGUGUGUAGGAGGCUUUGCUUUUGUAUCGUAAAUUGUGGAUUUACCCUGAACAACACGGUCCCAGCACCCUAAGCCCAGAGUCCUCCAUUUAGCGGCACCAAGGAGCACUAUGGCACAACAGAACUCAUCCACUAGCUCUUUUUUAAUAGCUGUUUAGCUUUGAGUCUCUUGUACUCCCUCAUCCCAAGUUUACAACCGAUUCUGUAGAAUGGACAAGUCACGUCGCUAGCGUUCAUCCAGCUGGACACAAUCAGUGAAGUUUCAGGUUCAAAGUGGGGAAGUUUCUUACUGCUGUAGGAUCCCUCACUAACUUUGUACACAGUUAAUUGCAUAUCUGAACCAGAGUAAUCAUGGAUUAUAUAUAUGUAAAAGGACCAUUUGUACAUAACUUUUGUAAAGAAUUUUUUCCCCUGUAUGUCCUGUGUGAGAAGGGUAACUCGUUUUAAACAAGCUAUACUGAAAUGUUGGAGGAAUGUAAAUUUACAGGGAGUGGCAGUUUUUUUUAGGUGGGGAGGGGAGUAAAAAGUAAUUUAGA